UGGAUUAAAAGCAACAUUGUAUUUCGACAACCGCCGCUUUCGAUUGUUGCCAACAUAUUCAAGUUGCCGUUUAGUUUCGGCGUCUGGAUGUCGUGUCUGCUCAUGGUCGUCAUCUACUGGGUUUCGAUGAUUGUGAUCCGUACCUUCACGACCGUGGAAUCGUUCACCGCAGUCGAGUCAUUGAUCUACAUUAUUGGUACAAUGUUCCAGCGAGGCUACGAACUUGUUCCGCAUUGCAACGGCACGCGACUGCUGAUGUUUUCGAUUCAAAUCACUAGCUUUUUCAUCAUCACGUCCUACUCCGCCAGCAUUGUGGCCCUGUUGCAGAGCCCGAGCCUUGCGAUUUCCAGUGUUAAGGAUUUGACACAGUCACCACUGCGCGCUGCAGUUAUGGACAACACUUACAGUCGUAUGUACUACCGUGAGGCGCAGGAUCCACAAGUGAGGGAGCUCUACUUGAAAAAGAUAAAACCGCUCGGAGAAAAGGGGUUUAUCGAGGCUGACGAAGGCAUUGCCCGCGUUAAAAAUGAACUCUUCGCAUUUGAGGUGGAAGAAAAUGCAGCGUACAGACUGAUUAAAGAAACUUUUGAGCCUCACGACGUAUGCAAACUGAAGGAACUCAAAGCCAUUCGACUGCCUCUCUUUGGCCUCCCUAUAGCGAAGGGCAGCAAGUAUCGUGAGAUCUUCCGGCAACGAAUACUAUGGCAGCAAGAAAACGGUCUCAUCAACAGGCUCCACGUCUUUUGGAUUCAGCGAAAGCCAAAGUGUGAAUAUUCUAGCGGCGUGUACACCUCGGUUGGCUUGGUCGAAAUGCGUUAUGUAUACAUAUUUCUAGUGGUAGGAUUCAUCGUUGCCUUAUUGGUUCUGAUGACGGAACGUGCUUGGCAUGGACUCAUUGCGCGAAACACUUGA